AUGCGUCUCGCGCGGAGCUGCCUCCUCCUCCUCAUCCAGGGCAGCAUCUGCCGGCUGGUGCUCAGCGGCCAAGAAGAACGAGGGGAAGAUGCAGAGCAACGUGAGCACCAAGGGAGACCUCGAGUGCCAAAAAGAAGAGGUCACCUCUCUGCCAAGUCCCUGUUGUCUCCAGCCCUGCUCCAGAACACGACUCUCCUGGAGCUGGUCAGCAGCUCGCGGGAGCUUUGGGAUAUCCUCGACAACCUCUCCGAGCGGGACCACGCUCCGCRCGCCAGAGGACAGAGGGACCUGGGGCCAGCCACGGGCAAGCUGAAAAAGAUUUUUGGCUGGGGAGAUUUCUACUCCAACAUCAAGACGGUAAAGCUGAACCUCUUGAUCACGGGAAAGGUGGUUGACCACGGCAAUGGCACAGUCAAUGUCUUCUUCCGGCACAACUCUACCGGCCAAGGAAACAUCUCCGUCAGCCUCGUCCCUCCGACAAAGGCAGUAGAGUUUGACCUGGAGCAACAGAUCUUUAUCGAGGCCAAAGAAUCCAAGAUCUUCAACUGCCGGGUGGAAUAYGAGAAAGUGGAUCGCGCCAAGAAGACCACGCUCUGCACCUACGACCCCUCUAAAACCUGCUACCACGAGCACACGCAGAGCCACGUCUCCUGGGUUUGCUCGAAGCCCUUCAAAGUCAUCUGCAUCUACAUCACCUUCUACAGCAUAGACUACAGGCUGGUGCAGAAGGUGUGUCCCGACUACAACUACCACAGCGACGUGCCCUACUACCCGUCCGGAUGA